AUGGAAUUGCCUGUGGGCUUGAAGAAAAUUGGAGAGUAUUCCUUCCAUGGCAAUGCAUUCAAACACUUUCAUUUCCCUUCUACAGUGGCAGCCAUUGGCAAAGACGCUCUAAGUUACUGCAGGGAGCUCGAAUCUGUGACCCUUCCAUCCGCGCUAAAAGUUAUCCCUAACGAUGCUUUUCUAGGCUGCUUCAAAUUGAAGGAUAUCAGUAUUCCAAAAUCGGUUGCCCAUGUUGGAGCUGCGGCUUUUGCAAGUUGUCGGUUGACUCAUUUAGAUCUUUCAAGAUGCAACUUGACCAGCAUUGGCAGAUCCGCCAUUUCUCACUGUUCACAACUGAGGGACAUACUUCUACCAAGCACUCUGACACGGAUCGAAGCGAGGUCCUUUGAAGGGUGUGCCUCCUUGACACAUCUUUGGAUCCCGCCAACCGUCGAAUUAAUUGAUUAUGGUGCGUUUGUCGGCUGUACCUCAUUGCUCUCAGUGGAAGUGCCCGAAACGUUGAAGCGCGUUCGGUUUCUUGCGUAUUGUCCACUUCGAUACAACAACCAGUAUGGAUACAACUCUCUGGUCAACUUUUGCCUUCCUCGAUCACACGUGUUGGAUCCUGUGGUCCACGAAUACGACUUUAUGGAAGAUAUUAAGUUAGGAGAAGCUGCGAAUGGAUACGAAGAUCUAGUCAGCAAGCUGAAACAACGAUUCAACUGUCUCCCACUUCAUCGGGCUUGCUAUUUCCAGAGCUAUCAUACAAUACAAGACAAUAUUGAUAGCAUUCAGGAUAUUGCCAAGGCUGAUCCAGCUGCUUGUAGCAGAGUGGAUUUUGCUGGAAUGACUCCUCUUCAUAUUCUCGCACUGUCACACAGACCACGGCUCAAGCUGUUUCAGGAGCUCCUUUCGUUAUCCUCUGUGGAUAUCAUGCGAUCUCGAGACGUCUUUGGAUGUACCCCAUGGAUUUACCUAUGCAAGAACCAUUCAACAACAGCCGCAUGUGUGACAAAGUCGUUACUUCUAUGCAUCUUGGAACCCCGCAUCUUAUUUUUGGGGUUGGAUCACUGGAGAGACGAAAUCAUGUCGGGACUGGAGAAGGUACAACUUGCAGAUGCGACCUCUUUAGCUACCGAAGUCGCUUGA